AGGUGCUGCUUAUCACUCCCAAAAAUCUUCCCUGCUCACCGGAGGAGGAGGACACGGCACUCGGGAGCUGCUGCACGCAAACAAUGGACUAAACCUCCCGGAGUAAGAUCACAUUUUUUUAGGAACUGAAACCCCUGCGCGUCAAAGAAGUGAUAUCAUUCCACUCUCUCAGUUCUGCAAAGAUCUCCAGAUAUGAUUCAGAGGAACGAGGUGGUGCUGUCUGUUUUCAGAGAGCUCCAGGAGGCCACAGAGAACUCUGGUCUGGAUGCUCUCACGAGAGUGGCCGUGGUAGCAGACCAGGUCCUUGCUCCUUUCCAGUUCCCCAGGACCCCCUGCUAUGAUAUCCCUGACUGGGCAGGUGUGGAUGACGCAGCUCGGGGCCUGUACCCGGCGGAUGCCCCUGCAGGCCUCUUGCCUUUAAACUGCAAAGGAGAAGGCAACGUCCUGUUUGAUGCAGUCAGCAUGCUGUUGGUGGGAAACACAGCUUUAAGCCUGGAGCUACAAGUACGGACAGUCGUGGAAAUGGUGCUUUGGAAGCGAUACUACCUCUCUGGGAUGAUUGAUUCUAAAAUGAUGCUUCAGGCCGUUCGCUUCAGUCUCUGCGCUGAUGAGUCUGAAGACAUGCUCAACCUACCUGUCACAGUCUUGGAGGCCAUCUUUGACGCGGACGUGAAAGCUUCCUGCUUCCCCGGCUCCUAUGCCAACAUGUGGCACCUUUACGCCCUAUCAUCAGUCCUCGAGCUGAAGAUCUACUCCAUCUACCCUAUGUUCAACCUCAAGAUACGGCCAUAUUUCAACCGAGUCAUACGCCCACGACUGUGGCCCAAAGACUCUGAGCCACUAACCCUCCACAUCAUGUGGUCUGGUGAGUUGCAGUCUGGGGGCUUGUUCAGGCCAAAUCAUUUUGUUGCUCUAGCCCACACCUCAGACUUCACAUUUGAGACUGCCAACAGCAAGCCGAGGGCAUCUCCCCUCAAGAGCGAAGAGCUGCUGAACCAAGACUCACAGCUUUCAUACCCGAAUCUGAAGGACAAGUACAACAUCACCAAGAGGACCUUCUACCGCUGGAAAAGGCAGACACAGGAGCACUGCAAAAAGUCGGCAGCUAGGUAUGAGGCAAAGUAUUUCCUGCAGGCCUGCUACUUGGAGGGGAAGCUGAUCCCUCUUCCCCAGUUUAAGGAGUUUUUCCCAGAGAUCUCAAGGUCGUCAUACUAUAACUGGAAGCACGAGCUUCUGAAAACCGGAGGGCACUUCUCCACCUCGUCUUCCACGGGAGAGAUCAGUCCUGGAGAGAGCACAGAGCAGGAGUUGUGGUCGUCACCUGAAGCAAAGCAGGAUGAGCCAGACCACCACGACGGUGUGGCCAGUAUGUUUGGCCUAAACCUGGGCAAGGUGGAUCUCGAUCGUGCCCAGGGUCUAGCACAUAUGCAGGAAGCCAAACGCUGCCUGCAGAAUUGCAUUGCCAUGAACGCCUCCCUCCCCUUCAGGGUAUUUAAAAGAAAUUUCCCAGGAAUCUCCAGAUCAACCUACUACAACUGGAGGAGAGAGGCCCUGCAUUUCAACAGAGGUUACAAAGGCAGUGCCGGCAGCAGUGAGGACAGCUCAGAUGUGGACAAGAGCCACAGUCCAAAAAGUCUGUCACCUGUCCCACCAAACAUCCACCAGCUUGUCAAGCCCAGGAUGAGGAUCUACAGACGGAAGCACAGAAGUUUCAGGUUGGCAUACAUGAGUAAGAAACAGCUCCGAGAUGCUGCAAAACAUCAUGUUCAGAAGUCAAAGUGGUCCCUGACAAAGUUCAAGCUCAGGUUCCCGUCAAUGUCACCUUGUUUCUACUGGCUGUGGCGGAGCAGGCAAAACCACAAGAAGAAAACCGUCACUCAGAGUAACGAUGUCCUCCCACUUAAUCUGGAGACCACCAAGGUGGUAAACGAGAUCGUGGAGAGUCCGCCUAUGCUCCCGUUCGUAGAGAGGCCACGAUAUCUAGAACCCCCCACUUUGCCCUCUCUAGAUAACACACAAUCCAAGCACAUACUUCACAACAAUGCACCGACAGAUGAGCAGAUAUUUGCAAUGGAUGUCGUGGCUCUGGCCAACUUCAAGGCCAAGGCCAAGCUGUUCCUGCAGCAACGUUUUGAAGAAAAAUCCUUCCCCACAUUCAAAGAAUUCAGGUCCUACUUCCCAUUCACUCCACGCUCCACGUACUACAUGUGGAAGCGAGCGUUGCAUCACGGUGUGUCACUGGUUCAUGGAUAAAUGCCUUUAAUCGUGUACAAAGUGGCUUUCAGGAGCCAAAAUAUAGCUCUGUUGAAGAACUCUUUGCUGUAUUCCGUUGUAACAUACUACCUAUACUCACUGUUGUCCUCAUGUUUUGGGGUUCUAAAAGACUGUUGAGCACACCGGCUUUGCAUCUUAAUGCAUUGUGUCCUUCCUCUGCCCCACCACGGCAGCUCGUUCCUCCCUCCUGGACAUUUGCACGUGUGUGAAAAGAAACUCUGUUUAAACCCUGCAUGUUGCCCUCCAGGCAAAAGGCAGUUCAAAGCUGUUGUUUAGUGGCAUUUUGUUUGAAGCUGUUUUCUUCUCCUGUGUCUUUCAGUCCCUGCCAAGCCUUGUACUUGGAGCCCUUUUAUAUAUUUUUUCAUUGUUUGAACGUUAAGGCUUUAUUGUAUGAUUUUUAUUUUGUUGUUGUUGAUGCCUGAAUUGAUUGGUAUUCUUGGCAGAUUAAAAUUUUUUUUUUGAUUCUUUGCAUAUAAAGAGCAGCCAGUAUUUCACAACAUCUUGUUCAGACAUUCCAUGUAAACAAGGUUCCUGACCUUUUU